AUGUGUGAGCAGGCAGCGCGCUACUGCAGGGACGGAGUCCACAAACUGCUGAACAAAGAACAAGCCAAACUUCGAGCCCAAGAAAGCCGCGAACAGACCAAGCUCGUAGCCGGUCAGGACAGCGAGUCCGAAACGGCAGCUCAGUCCGGAAACAGCGGCGCCCAGCCCGGUGGAAUUGACGGGCUCGUCCGCUGGAUCGUCACCAAAAUGAGCGACAACAAGAACAUCUCCAGCCGGGAGUACGCCUCCAGCAAGGAGGAGGUGGCAGUUGCCCAAGAGCAGUUCUUCGCUCCGGAACCGCGGAGAGGGAUCUCCGUUAUCCUGGAUAUUUUCAGAAGAGCUGACAAAGAUGAUGAUGGUAAGCUGUCUCUAGAUGAGUUCCAGGCUUUUUUCUCUGAUGGUACGCUGAAUGAGGAGGAGCUGGAGAAGUUGUUUCAUACUAUCGACUCUGAUAACACCAGUAAUGUUGACACAAAGGAACUCUGUGACUACUUUGCCAAGCACAUGGGGGACUAUGAAGGAGUCCUGGCCUCCCUGGAGACACUCAACCUUUCCAUCCUCAAAGCCAUGGACUUCACUAAGAAGGUUUAUGAGAGGGGAACAAAUGUGGAACAAUUUGUCACCCGUUUUCUACUGAAAGAAUCAGCCAAUCAGAUCCAGUCGCUUUUAAAUUCUGUGGAGAGUGCUGUGGAUGCCAUAGAUGAACAGCACAGCCAGUCAGGUCAUCUUCCAGCCAAGACGAGUCCCCGGAUGUCAGAGAGGCGCCAUGACAAUGUUGUUCCUGACUAUCCCCCUAACAACAGAAUCAGUGCCAGAGAGGUUGUCAGGACCAUCAAUACUACCUCAGGUGCAGUGGAGGUGAGGAAAGAGGGUCUGGAGGCUCAGAUCAAUCGCCUUUCUGAACUCAUUGGACGACUGGAAAAUAAAACUGUCUGGUUUGAUCUGCACCAGAGGCUAACAGACACAGAUGGCACCACCAGUGCAUCAUUAUUGCUGAUCCGUCAAGAGAUGGUGGUUUCCCAGAAGAAGCUUGCUGACUAUUGUGAAGCAUUGAAGCAAUACCUGAAGAAUGUCUCAACUCAGAGAGACUGCUUUCAUGUGACCGCAGUGCGUCUGCCAGAUGGUUUAUCCUUUGUCAUAUAUGAGUUCUGGGACGGAGAAGAAGAGUGGAAAAGGCAUCUACAGUCAGGCCCCAACAAAGCCUUUCAGCAUGUGAAAGUGGACACGCUGUGCCAGCCAGAGGCCAUUUCCUCUGUCGCCGUGCCAGCCGCCUGGUGCAGUGUGAACAAGGCCUGA